CCUCUAGCGAAAGGGAAUAUGUCGGCGUGUUAGUGGGGUUUUGUUGUGCCAGCCAAAGAGUGUGACUUUUUGGCUACGGUUUCCUGAACAUAUUUUUUAACGAAGAGUAAAUCCACCAUCGAUUCGGCUUGAAGAAGACUCGACGACGUCAUAUUUGCCAGCAAAUGGCUUAUUCGCAGCGGUUGGCGAUGUCAGUAGCAAAAAAUGACUUUUUCGUGGGCGGCAAAUACAGGCUCAUGAGGAAGAUCGGCUCAGGAUCCUUCGGCGACAUAUAUCUCGGUAUCAACAUCUCUAAUGGCGAGGUAAGGGGUGGUGAGGAAGUUGCUGUUAAAUUGGAAAGCAUACGAGCCCGGCAUCCACAACUCUUAUACGAAUCAAAGUUAUACAAAAUUUUACAUGGUGGUGUAGGGAUACCUCAUAUACGUUGGUAUGGACAGGAAAGAGACUACAAUGUACUUGUUAUGGACCUUCUGGGUCCGUCUCUCGAAGACCUCUUCACUUUUUGUUCAAGAAGGUUUACGAUUAAAACGGUCUUAAUGUUGGCAGAUCAAAUGAUUGGUAGGAUUGAAUUUGUACAUUGUAAACAUUUUAUUCACAGAGAUAUCAAGCCAGAUAAUUUUUUAAUGGGCAUUGGUCGUCACUGUAAUAAGCUGUUUCUUAUUGAUUUUGGAUUAGCUAAAAAGUAUAGAGAUACUCGUACCAGAAUGCAUAUAGUGUAUCGAGAAGACAAGAAUUUGACCGGCACGGCAAGGUACGCUUCGAUUAAUGCACACCUUGGAAUAGAACAGAGUCGUCGUGAUGAUAUGGAAUCGCUCGGUUAUGUGCUUAUGUAUUUCAAUCGAGGAUCUUUGCCCUGGCAAGGUCUUAAAGCUGCUACUAAAAAGCAGAAAUACGAAAAAAUAAGUGAAAAGAAGAUGUCCACGCCUGUAGAAGUUUUAUGUAAGGGAUUUCCCGCCGAAUUCGCCAUGUAUUUAAAUUAUACGCGUGGUUUACGUUUCGAAGAAAGUCCAGAUUACAUGUAUCUUCGUCAACUUUUCCGUAUACUUUUCCGCACGUUAAAUCAUCAAUAUGACUACACAUUUGACUGGACGAUGUUAAAACAAAAAUCACCUCAGGUGAUUAGCCCAGGAGUUGUAGUAGGUACUUCUGGCCAAACUAAUGCGGUGAUAGGGCAACAAGCUCAAGGCCAGCCUCCCGCUCAGCCCAGCCCUCAAACAGGAGCACGUUAAGACUAUAAUCACUUGUCGUUGCAUCAAUCCUAUUUGCAGUCGCUAGUGCCCAAGAUCAGGUACACGACUUUGUACGAAUACCAUGCAAAGAGUCAAAUCAAUCAAUCUUCUAAGUUGACACAAUGGAAGAGUUUUGCGAUUACAAGCGUAUCAUACAUAGUAAAGGACAAUGCCACAGAUACACAUUUCUGAAUUCACUGAUCAGUGAAACUUCAGUGUAUUGUCAGUGCUUAGAGUUUUGGUUGAUCCACCUCUUUGGGCUUAAAAUCCAAAUGAGAUCAGCCAGAGGUGGCUUGUUCUUAUUUUGUAAUUAUCUAUUUAAUUCACCGUUGAUAAUAAUUGAAAUAAAGGUUUUGAUGUUUCGAAGACCUUUGUGAAAGAGUACACGUACGACGUAACGUGUGAUUUAAUCGAAAAUUCGACAUAUAAUUUUCAUAGAAAGAAAGAGAGAACGUUUUGACCAUUCUUAAACAUUAUAUCUAUUCUGCAAAUAGAAAAAGAAACUAUGUGAAAAACGAGUGAAUGAUUAUCUGAGUGUAUGGGAGAAAUUAUAUAAAUAAAUGUAGUGAAAAAUUAAUACAGUUUGUUGCUUCCCGAUUU